AAGACAACCAAACCUGCCGUAGAAUAUGCUGAAAAACAAGACAAGGUAAGUUGGGGUUUCAAAGACAACAUGGUGAGUUAUUUACAGAAUUAUAUUAAUAUCAUUACGGUGAGUUAUAAUUAGUCAUUGGUUAGCUACCAAAUCAUGAAAUUUUAAUAUUUGGCAUUCAGAAUAUAUUGACAUUUCGAAAUUUUACGUACAGAAUAUUGAAAUUUUAAGUUUUGACAUUCUAAAAAAAAAAUUCAAGAUUCUCCAUUACAAAUCUUGAAAUGUCUCAAGAUUUUGAAUACCAAUUAGUGCUUUAAAUACAACAUUGACAUAAGGGGUGGACCAUUUGAUUUUUGAUGGGGGGGUUGCAGGAUUUUUAGACUGCUAGAUAUUUUUUUUUAUUGCUCCAGCCCUGCAGGAUUUUUUUUAAAUCUCCCCGUCCUUGCAUGAUAUUUUUUUUAAUGGAAAUUUAAAACACAAAUUUUGAAGUUUAAUAACUUGACCAUCACGAGCCACUCAAAAUUCACCCUUUAGGCUAUUAAAAACCACCUUUACGUGCAAUGCAUUUUUAAGUUUACAUCUUUCUUUCAAAGUAAUAAAGAGUUUCAUCUUUAUUCAGUGUACAAAGAAAUGCAUCUCCACUAACCUGCGGCUAGUUGAUUUCCCUGUCAAGCUAGUGCCGGGGUCAUACAUGCCUUCUCAGACAAAACUUUAUAUUGGUCUGUUGCAUUUUUAUAGGAGCUGUGCAUGUGACUAUUGCAUAAAAUAUUUUACAAUAAGCAGUCUGUAGAAAAUAGCAUUCUCAAAUAGACCUAUCUUAUAGACUGUUGCAUUUUUAUUGUUACUGUUGCAUAAAAUAUUUAUAGAGAAAAAUUUCCAUUAUUAUUUAUUGAUCAAAUGAUUUUUAUUACAAAUCACAAUUUGCAGUAUUUUAAAUAUUUAUAGAGAGAAUUUCUUCUCUCCAAAAGCUGCGAUUAUUUUGGUCAGCACCGAGUAUCGAGACCUGGCUGCUCUGCAAAGCCACUACCCGAAGUCCACAUUUAAUGCACUAGCUCUUCAAAUCUGACAAAUCUGAUUGCCUGAAAACUGCAGAAUGAGUGCUCAGCACAUGCUCAAAAAUUGGGACCAGCCAGGGGUAUCACUUCCAGGUGCUGACCAAAAGGAUUGCACCCUCUGGAGAUAAGAAUGUUGCAAAUAGCUAUUAAAGCUUUGCACCUUACAUUUAAAUUUGGCUAGAUAUGCAGAUGUACAGGAUGUUGAAGACAACCUUGUUCAUUUAUGAAGAAAAUUUUAAACUGUUAUUAUUCUUAAGGCUCAACUGUUCUUGAUGGAUAAAUAUAGACAAUUUCUGCCAGCUUGUGGUUUAUUAAAGACAUUGUUAAAUAAACAUUUGUCACUACAGUUGUCAAUAGGUGAGAAAAUCAGAUUGGUAGUUGACCCCUUUGAAUCAUCUUUUAUAUAGGUAUAUGAUCUAUAAAAUUACAAUAUUUCAAUGCCUAAAUAACUAAAACGAUUACGUUUUAAUUUAUGUGCUACAGACUGUUUACUAUUAUUUUCUUGGCUUGAAAAUAGGCAAUGAACACAAAAGUAAUAGAACUCUGCAAAAACACGAAUGACCCAGAGGGAAAAAAUGCUCUUCGAUCUAUUUGAUCGUCUUUUGUCUCGCGCACAUAUCCAGCGCAUCCGUUUCACAUUCUUUGUAUAUUUUUAACCCUGCACCAAUUCAAUGUGGCCUGCCUUUACUCUUGUUUGUCCCAUUUCCUUUUCCAUAAAGUAAAUCUUAUUUUGUUACAAAAAUACCUGCACGUGACAACUGUUAGGGUGGGAAUCUGAAUGCAUGAAUAUCUUUGAAUCAUAAUAUCCUUCUAGAUCAGAGGGUUCACUUUAAUAGGAAAUCUAAUUGGUAAAUCAUGCGUCGCGCUUGCAAAAUACUAAUUCACGCAUCAAAAAAUGUGAUGCCCAGUCCUGUAUCAUGUGACUCACAGUUACUUUUGCGGCCGUCACGCAUCACGCAAAAUCCUUUGCCACGCCCAGGUUAAGGCUGCUCGAUUUUUUUUUCCUUCUUAAGAAUUCUGCAAGAAAUUUUUUUUUAAUCAGAAACAUAUGCUCGAUAUUUUUUGGGGGGAUUUGCACAACCCAUCAAAAAUCAAAUGGUCCACCCCUAAAGUGCAUUUUUUUACACACACAGGCUGAACAGGGCAUGAAACAAGCAAACUAAGUCGGAUCAUUUUACGUUUCUGGGAAACUUUCCACCUACCCCUCUCCUAAAGCAAUAUUUUGCCCUAAGUGAGAAGUAAGUGUUAAUGUUGGCUUAGGGGAGGGGUAGGUGGUCAGUGUCCCAGAAACGUAAAAUGAUCCACAAAGUCUUCUACCUACAACUCCAGCCGGUCCGUACUACCUUUACCAUGGCUUAAUUCUUUAGUAUAGCUAAGACUUUGUCGACACGAAUCCAUUUAAAAGACAUUAAACGAUCUCGCAAACAAAACGAUUGUUAGAGAGGAUAAAAUCGUGACAGAUAAAUAUUUGCCUGCGUAGCAAGCGUUUCCGUUACGGAAUUUUCGGUUUUGGCCGCGCGAAACCGCACAGAAACGCCUUUGCUAUGCAGGCUAGAUAAACAUCAUUCUCAUAUACUAUUAACACCUGUAAUAAUACGACGUGAUUUAACCUACCUUGAGUUCUUUUUCAGCAAUGCCUGCAGUUUUAUCUACUUCGGGCAAGGUCCUGACCACUUCAACAUCUAUGGAGGAAGUAAAUACCUCUUAUUAGCCGAGUUUUCGGUCCGCACUGUAAAUUACGGACUGAGUUUUUUUCCAUCGAUUUAUGGCCCAGGCGCGAAGCGCGCGGGCCAUAAAUCGAUGGAAAAAAACGAGGAUCCGUAAUUUACAGUACGGACCGAAAAAACGAGGCUAAUAAGAUGUUUAUUAUAUGGCUUCUUCCUGUUUGGGGGACCGGAAACAAGUGCAGGACGCACGAUUUGACAGUCAUUUGACAGGUGUCAAAAAAGAAAGUUUUUAUUGGCGCGCGAAAACAAUAUCACAUAACAAAGGCUUUCCGAGAAAGUAAAAACAAAUUCACCAUGUUAAAAAAAUUUAUUCGGUCAAAACUAAGAGCACUGUAAGUUUUAGCUCUUUAGUGUAACGCUGGAGUAUUUUGAAAACCGCACACUGUGUCUGUCUAGAAGUCGUUUCCAUCUUUCCCCCGUUUGUCCUUGUGAAAAAACACUGCAAAAGGCAAAGAAGCUUUUCAAGGUAAGUUUGUUGUCAUUGUCGAAGGAUUCGCUCGUUAAUUGUUUUUGUCUUUCUGCCAGUUCAUUCUCGUCUUCAAUGGUGAUCUGCGUUAAAAUGUUCAAACACUGACUAGAAUUCUCUUCCUCGGUAAGGUUACGAUUCAGUUUCUACAACAGCUUUGUUCUCAUUAAAACAAAGCUAGGUUAAAAUUUGGAAAGGUAAGGUCAACAUCUCAGUCCUCAGGGUUUACAUACAUAUUUCAAAGUUUAUUCGAUGGAAACUACGAGCACUGUAAGGAUGUAAGUAUUCACCCGUUAAUGACGCUGGAGUCUUUUGAAAACUGGACAUUAUUGUGUCUGGCUCGAACUCGCUUCUAUCUUUCUUUCGUUGGUCUUUGAAAAAGCACUGCAAAUGGCAAAGAAGCUUGUCAAGAUGAUCGGGUGCAGGUAUGUUUCUUAUCAUAUUUGUUGAAGGGAUUACUCAUUUUCUCCAAGGCAAAACGUCUCGAAUCUCUGCCAGUCGAUUUUCGUAUUCUUAACUGUGUACCACGAUAAAAUUUUCAAACACUGACUAGAAUCCUCUUCGAUAAGAUUACGAGUUAGUUUCUUCAUCGCCUUCGUUCACAAAUAAACACAGUUUAAAAUGUUGAAGGCCAAAGUCAACAUCCAAGUCCUCAAGGUUGACAGGCGUCUUAUAACUUUAUUUAAACAUUUUUUCCACGGUAAAGAGAUUUUGACCUCCAAAAUGAGCAUUUUUUUUUAAACGUUUUGGUCCGUAUAGCAAGUUACGGACCGCAAAUUGACCAAUAGCAUGGCGAAAACAGACUCAACCAUAUCAUAAAGUCAGUUACAGGGACAACAAAGAUGAAAAAUAAAGAUUAUUAUCGAGUUAAAAUAAAGCCUCAUUUUAAUUGCAUUUUUUCACCAAUAGUUAUCAUUAUUGCCCGCGCGGACAAUGAAAUCGGCCAGCGGACGUUAAAUUUCCACAAAUCCUUGGCCUGCCGCACCCUUUACUUGGCGUUUCCUUGACAAGAGUCCUUGUUGAGUCAUCACCGUUGGCAAAUAUCAAUUCUGACAAGAGGACCGAGGACCGAGGACGCCUGGGAACAGGGCUGCGAAAAUUCCGUAACGGACACGCUUGCUACGCAGGCUAAUAUUUAUCUGUCACGAUGUUAUCCUCUCUAACGAUCGUUUUGUUUGCGAGAUCGUUUAAUGUGUUUUGAAUGGACUCGUGUCGAAUUGGUCUCAACUAUACUAAAGAAUCGAUCAAAUGUCUGUACGAUCGAUCAGUUGUCCGUAAUCAACCAUGAUAAGCUGUCUCAAUUGAUCAGUUUUGCUAAUAAUCGAUCAGUUCAUUGUUGAUCAGCGUAAACUCGGCUUGUAUAAUCUACCAUUAGCUACCAUUGUGCGUAUUUUCAUUCAGUUGUGACUAAAAUCGAUCAGUAGUCAUUAUGAUCAAUGAGUUGUGCGUAUUUUCAUUCACUUUUGACUAAAAUCGAUCAGUUGUUAUAUGAUCGAUCACUAGUGCGUAUUUUCAUUCAGUUGUGACUAAAAUCGACCAGUUGUUAUAUGAUCGAUCAGUUGUGCGUAUUUUCAUUUAGUUGUGACUAAAAUCGACCAGUUUUUAUAUGAUCGAUCAUUAGUACGUAUUUUCAUUCCGUUUUGACUAAAAUCGAUCAGUUGUUAUAUAUAUGACAAAUGAGUUGUGCGUAUUUUCAUUCAGUUGUGACUAAAAUCGAUCAGUUGUUAUAUGAUCGAUCAGUAGUGCGUAUUUUCAUUCAGUUGUGACUAAAAUCGAUCAGUUCUUAUACGAUCGAUCACUAGUGCGUAUUUUCAUUCAGUUGUGUCUAAAAUUAACGGGAAAGGCAGGGUGAAAUUUUUAGUAGUGUCGACUGAUCUAUCGGUCGAUAUAGCGAUCGAUAGUCGGUCGACACUCGGUCGACACUCAGUCGAAAGUCGGUCGACACUCGGUCGAUAUAGCGGUAGAUAGUCGGUCGAUAGUCGGUCGACACUCAGUCGAUAUAGCGGUCGAUAGUUGGUCGAUAGUCGGUCGAGACUAGGACGAUAGUCGGACGACACUCGGUCGAGACACGGUCGAUAGUCGUUCCAGAUAUGUCUCGGCCGAUAUAGCUUUUCGUUCAUCGAUACUUCACCGACACUUCACCGAUGUAUCGGUCAGUAAUUGGUCAACGCUCGGUCGAUGGUCGGCCGACACUUGGUCGAUAGUCAGAAGAUAGCAAGAAAUGGUGAGCCUCACCCCAAUGGCUGUUUUGGUCGACUGAUGCAGGACAUUGCAGAACAGUAUCGACUGUAAAUAGAAAUCAAUGACCUUUGUUAGCUAGCAUUUCCUACAUUUUUUUGGUUGGAAAAAAAGAAAUUAGAAAACAUUUCCUAGCUUGAGUAUUGGUGUUAACGCGGCGCAUACUGUUUUCCUUUUAUUGGAUAAUCAAAGGUUACUUACCAUUCAAUAUUAAUUUCUGUUACGCAUGGCCGUCUUUAUUUUGAACACAAUGUAUGAGUAUUUUCCUAGCUGUAAAUUGAAAUCAUUCCCACAAUAAAUGAAUGUGUUCAGUCUGCUGGAUAUUUUGGAAUGGAAAUAGAUAAUAAUCUGAAUUUUUCUAAACAUAUAUCAAAUGUAUGCAAAAAGAUUAAUAAUCAAUUUAAUGUUAUGUUGCGCUUUAGAAAACUCAUACGCAAGGAAAUCUUAUUCAAACUUUACAAAGCGUAUAUUUUACCUCACUUUUAUUAUUGCUCCUCUGUCUGGCACUUUUGUGGAGCGCGCGAUGCGGAUAAGCUUGAAGCUUUAAAUAAAAGAAUACUUAGAUUUAUACUUGGAGAUUACUCGUCUCCAUACAACACUCUUCUCUCAAAAGUCAGCUCUACUUCUUUGUUUAACAAACGCAUUCAAAAUUUCCUCAUUCUGUUAUAUAAGAGUUUGUUUUUCACUCAUUUUCCUACUUAUAUGAAGAAUAUGUUUUCACUCCGGUCCUCUUCCUAUGAUCUUCGUGGCAACUACAUUCUUUCACUAAGUAAACCUAAAACAACUACCUAUGGUCUUAACUCCUUUUCUCACUUUUCAGCUAAGCAGUGGAAUGCACUGCCGGACUUUUUUCGUACCAGUUUUCUUGCAGACUUUAAGACUAAAAUACAGGAUGUUACCUUCAUGUAGAUUCUUUUUGCCUGACAUACUUAAACUUAAAAUUGUGAAUUGUAAAUGAUAUUUUCUUUCCUUGCAUUUAAUGUAUAUAUAUAUUUUCUAUAUAGCUUUUAUGUAGUGUCAGCUCGAAGAUAUUAGCUUGUUAGCUACUCUAAAAUUCGAGUAUAAAUAAAGUUUUAUGUUAUGUUAUGUUAUGUGUCACCUUCCUCGGCGCAUUAUCAGCGUGUUCUAUCAAUAGCUGAUCGUUAAACAAAGGACUGUUCCCGUCUUCAAUGCAGAAAUAUAUAAGUUUAAUUUGUGGUCUCCGCACAAGCGAGAACUUGGCGUGAUGAAGCAGGUCAAAGCCCAAUAAUAAAAGAUGUGUAUUCCUCGCUCUUAAAGCAUGUCAUGAACUGCCUUUUCCUAUUCAUUAUUCGUCCACUUCGGGACUGCGGGAGCAGUCGUUUCUCUCGUCCUUCUUUAAGUAUUCUUCGACUGCGGGACCACAGAAGCAGCAGAUUCAACUUAGACUCUGACAGGUUCUGUUUAACAGCCAAAAAUCAGACGAUCGGUGAUGAUACAAACUGGCAAAAAAAAGGUUACCAUGUCCCUAGUUUCCAGUGCCCUUCGGUUCGCUUCAUAGAGUAAUUGCGCCUCGCACUGCCACAUGUUCCUCCAUCUCAUGAUAACAGUAAUUAACGAUGCCAUUGCUUAAAAAGAAAGCCAUUGGACUCACCUGCUAAAUUAACACACGACUGAUUUUCGACCGACAGUUGAUCGAUAUGUCACCGACAUAUGACCGAUAGUCGGUCGAGGUGCGUCGUCGAAAUAUCGACCGAUACUCGGCCGAUAGUCUAUCCCACGAUCGACUAACUAUCGACCGACUGUCCACUGACUAUCGAACGACUAUUGACCGCCGACCAUUGAACGCUAUAUCGACCGAUAAAUCGGUCGACACUACCUACAGUAAACAACAUCUAAUUUUUAAAGAAAGAAAAAUUAACGCCACGUACAAACAGAAACGAAAGUUGUUUAAAGAACAGGGACUAAUUUAUUUAAAGUUGAUCGAAAUCCAGGAAGCCGAUAUUGAGAGUAAUAUUCUUCUCACAGUACCCUGCUAGCAGUGGUUUCUCCAGGCCAGACGCUGGAGAAACCACUACUCGCAGCGACCAUGAAGAUGAAAUGUUGUUACAGUAAUGAAAUUGUGAAAGAUUGAUCGGAAAUUUUAAAAGUGCGCGAAACUAAAGCUAUUCAGUUUUCUAGUUUUCUUCUAAGAAUGUCUGGAGCAGGUCGAGAAUUCUGGGCUAAAAUGAUAGAAGGUAAAAUAAACACAAUUGAUCGAUUUUAGUCACAACUGAAUGAAAAUACGCACAACUGGUAGACUGUACAAGCCGAGUUUACGCUGAUCAAUAGUAUAGUACCCGAUAACUGUUAGAUAAUAAACUGAUUGAUUAUUGGCAAAACUGAUCGAAAUUUGAGACAGCUUACCAUGGUUGAUUACGGAUCAUAUACAUCGAUUUAAACACGACGGAUUACCGAUUGAUGAUAUGCCGGCUGAUCGAUAUUACGUAUCUGGUAGAAAAUUAGCACAAUAUAGUAAUAUUUUAAUUGAUCGAUAACUGGUCGGUAAACCCGAUCCGCAAAACUGAUUGACUGGAGUUCAUAGUAAACUAUUAAGUGAUUGUUCUUAAUAAUGACGACGAAAAAGCAAUAAUGAAAGGAUCAUGAGUCCUUCUUUCUGAUUUUCAGCGCUUAUAUCCAUGAUUCAGAACAAAAAAAGAUUAAAAAUUUAUAACCAAUGAAAAAAAUAAUUUCGAAACAAACGGCGCACCAUACCCACUUACCCCUCCCCUAAGCCAACAUUAACACUUACUUCUCACUUAGGGAAAAAUGCUGGCUUAGGGGAGGGGUAGGUGGGCAGUUUCCCAAUCCGACUUUGUUUGUUUGUUUCAUGCCCUGUUCACCCUGUUUGUGUAAAAAAAUGCACUUUAUUUGAGUGUCAAUGUUGUAUUUAAAGUACUAAUUAGGGACACUACUUGACCACCAGUUUACACGGUUUAAGCGCCCCUACCGACUAAGCUAAUCCUGAUUGUCCUGAUUUCUAAUCGCACCUUCUGGCUAAAGCUCUCACGUUUGUAAUGCACUUUUCAGAUAGAGAAGGAUGGUCGCCUUUUGGAGCGGAUUGAACAGAGACAAACUGUGCGACAGCAGCGACUUAGAGACUACUGUGAGAAGCACGCUUCAAGCAGAAUUCGAAGCGAUCGAUACCAUCAUCCUGUAAUUGUUAACGAUGAGUACAAAGUAAUCUUCUGCUAUAUUCCCAAGGUGGCCUGCAGUCAAUGGAAACGUGUCUUUCUUGCUCUUGAUAACCGCACCGAUGUGGAUAAUGUGCAUGAUAACAAACAUUAUAAAUUUCUCUUAUAUGAUUAUUCGGACGAGGAUAUUAAAGUGAGGCUAAAAUCGUACUUUAAGUUUCUUUUUGUUCGCGAACCACUCGAGAGGCUUUUGUCAGCCUACAAUAACAAGUUUGUAAACAAGCAAUGGCCUUGGAGAAUAAUUCAAAGUUAUAAAACGAAAAUUUUGAAAAGAUACAAACAAGACGAACCUAGCUCUAAUAGCCCUGACCAGGAUCUUACUUUUAGGAAGUUCAUUUACUAUGUGAGUGAUGUUGGGUUUGAUCGAAAUGAACACUGGCGAUCGUACGGCCCAAUUUGUCACCCGUGUGAUAUAGAGUACGAUUUCAUCGGUCAUUUUGAGGACAUGCCAGAAGAAGCACCUUAUAUCCUACGGCAAACAGGAAUGGAUCGGGCGGUGACCUUUCCUCCGUUUCUUACCCACAAUACUACAAGUCAACUUCUUAAAAGCUAUGCCCCGAUACCCAAGGAGAAGAUCGCUCAGCUGGGUAAGGCCUUUGAAGAAGACUUUGAAAUGUUUAAUUACGAUUUUCCAGGGCCUCUAUCCGAUCUCAUGCACGAUUGA